AUGCCGGUCUACUCGAUGAAUUGCUUCCAGCUUCCUGCCGAAUUGUGCUCAGAGCUAGAUAGAUUAAUAGCAAACUUUUGGUCGGGAUCUACACGGGAUAAACGGAAACUCUCAUGGGUGGCUUGGAAAAAACUAAUCACCUCAAAGGACACAGGUGGCCUCGGAUUUCGCGAUUUUAAGCUCUCUAACCAAGCACUUCUUGCUAACCAUAUCUGGAAAAUUAUGAAGAGACCAGAUAGCCUUGUCUAUCGUCUACUCAAAGCAAGAUAUUUCGAAGAUGGAUUUUUUUUCUCCGCGACAAAAGGACACAAACCAUCAUAUGGUUGGAAUUCUCUUAGAUUUGGACGAGACCUGCUGGCCACCGGAGUUCAAUUUAAUAUUGGAGAUGGGAACAACACCAAGAUGGGAGUCGACCCUUGGCUUCCAACAAAUCCUCCUAGACCGCCCAGAUUGAUUAAUGAGAAUGAUAUGGAGAAGAGUGUUAAGCUAUUAAUCCAUGAGUCUUCUCCACAGUGGGAUGAUAUGGAGAUACAAAGGCUUAUUGAUCCUAGGGAUCAUUACCUGAUACACAAUAUAUAUCUCCCUUCAACGCCAACAGCAGAUGAUUAUCUCUGUAGUUGUUCCAAAGAUGGACAGUACACUGUCAAAUCAGGAUACUGGCAGGCCUUAUCCUUGGCAAGGGGCGACAACACACCAAAAGCUCUGUUGGCUACUAACCCUGAUAUUGCUAAAGGAAUAUGGAAACUGUAUAUAACACCCAAGCUCAAGCAUUUCCUAUGGCGUAUUGCUUCCAGAGCAGUUGGAGUCGCAAACAACUUAAGAAGAAGGAAUAUACUAGUUAAACUCGUAUUGCUCUCAAUGUUUUGA